AUGGCUCUCAAAGACUACGUUCCUUUGUUACUUCUCAUGACCAUAUCCAAUGGAGGAAACGCCAACAAACCCUGUUUGCCAUGUACUUGUUCCAAAAUAAUGCAUGAAGACUGUUACUAUGCGAACUGUUCCUACCUGAAUUUGACGGCGAUUCCACCGACACUGCACCGCGACAUUUGUCGCCUGAAUCUCCAUGGAAACAUAAUAACUACCCUUAAUAACUCGGAUUUAAACAAUUAUACAAUGUUGACUUCCCUUGAUCUCUCCUUUAAUGUUUUGUCUGAAGUCCACAACGACACAUUUAACAGUGUUGGGGAUUUGGCCUUUCUUGACCUGUCCUCAAAUAGACUCAACUUUACGUUCACAUCAACACAGAUAUUCUCUCCCUUGACGAAACUGAAAGUUUUGAACAUCAGCAACAAUACUUAUCUCGACAUCCCUGAUAUGAUCCUGUGUCAUCUGAUGUCUCUUGAGAGUCUCACCAUGGAUGGUUUUCAAAGUCCUAUUGGUAAUGGAUGUGGUGUGAUGUACAAUCUUACAUACCUAUCCCUAUCUGGUGAAAAUGGGAGUUGUAAAAUUGGUAAUUUGUCCGAGGACUUACUGCAAAACGUCCCGAUGCUGGAGUAUCUGAAUGUUUCUUAUUGUAAAAUCUUAACGGUAAAACCUGAAGCUCUUUCCUUCUUGCGGAACAUUGACACUCUAGAUAUAUCAGGUAACACCUACUUAAAUUUCAAAGGAGUCGCGAAUGCUACGGCUGGACUGGAUAAAUCAAGACUGAGAAAACUUUUUAUUAACCAGAUGGUGGGUAAACUUACUAUUUGUGUUUGGGUGCCACAAUCGAUUGGUUUAAAUCUUCAAAAUACUUCCCUGGAAACAUUAAAGGCUAACGACAACCGUAUCGAAUUAAUUCACAAAAAUGUGUUCAGGCUGUUGCCAAAUACACUUAAGACUGUCAGUAUCAGGAACAACCGUCUCACCUACGGUGCAUACAUCUGGUAUCUACAGAACCUGACAGGACUAGUGUCACUGGACUUGAGUUCAACGAGGGGACUUCUUAAGUUACCAUUUGCAGAACCGGAUAACUAUUCCAGAGACCUAUCUUCUCACCAUCAAACUGACAAUUGUUUAACAACACCAAGAAGAGAGAUAUAUUUGGGAGAUGUUCUUCAUGAAAGGUCACUGCAACAUCAACAGAACAUCACACCCUUUGGUGUUCCACCUAAACUGAAGACCCUGAAGUAUACAGAUUGUAAAUUAGCAUAUGAUUUGUCGAAAUUAUAUUUUGCUGAAAAUAGCCUGAGGCAUGUUGAUCUGUCUUAUAACAUUUUAGCUCUGUGGUUUGGUCCUGUAUAUGGUUUAGAAAAUGUUACCCAUCUUGACCUCUCAGGAAAUCUUGCAAUGUAUAUCAAAAAAGAUUUUUUUGCAAGCUUUCCGUCACUUACACACCUAAAUAUAUCCCACAAUGCACUCGAAAUGUCUGAUAAUGGGCAGUAUUUACGGAAUCAAAGCAAAGUAGAAGUUUUAGAUUUGUCCCACAACAAUAUAUUGUUCUUGAAUCGCGAUUUCCUCUCAGGACUGAAAUCAUUGAGGACAUUGAAUCUUUCUUGUAACUAUUUGGACAGCCUGUUUGUAGAUCUUGAAAAUAACGUAAAUCUUACAAGUAUAAAUUGUUCAAACAACAACAUCAAAUAUAUCUCACCACGAACGAGAUCCCAGAUGGACAGGAUAGCCGAGUUACACGAGUUUACAAUAGACCUUUCGGGAAAUGACCUCCGAUGCACAUGUCAAAAUAUAGAAUUUCUUGAAUGGUUACUAAACUCCAAAAUUCAGGCAGCAAACAAAGAACUGUAUCAUUGCGUAGACAUUAAUGGGAAAGUGAUACACUUUAAAGGUCAUGACGUACUAAAGAAUCUGAAAGCGUCUUGCGCUAACUUCAUAGCCCUGUCUAUGGGACUAAUUGUAACAAUCGUCCUGAUCUUUUCUCUGAUAGUGGGAACUAUUUGUUAUCGAUAUCGAUGGAAAAUAAUUUACAUUUAUUAUGUGUUCAAACUGAGACUAAGAAACAACAUUGAGUAUGAACGUAUUUACGAUUAUGACGUUUACGUCUCUUACACUGACCUUGACCUUGAUUUUGUCCGCAAGGACAUGAUUCCAAAGCUAGAACACCAGCGGGGUACGAGACUUUACAUCCGGGAUCGAGAUUCCCUCCCAGGAGCUACUAUUGCUGAGAACAUCAUCGACGGGAUAAGGAGCAGCAAGAAAACUGUGUUGUUGUUGUCCCAGGCGUUCCUGAAGAAGAAGUGGUGCAGGUAUGAGUUACAUAUGGCCAACAUGGAGAGUGUGUCUACUGGCCGAUCUGUGAUGGUCAUCAUUAUGCUUGAGGAUAUUCCUAAUAAGGACAUUCCACCCGAGAUCCUCUAUGAUGUGCAGAACAGCCGUUUCAUAGACUGCCCAAACGAUAGCAGCGAUCAGGAACUGUUCUGGGCAAAUGUGUCCGCGGCGAUUGAUAGUUAGAUUGUUUUGUAGGUUAUCUUUUAUAUAUACAUAGAGAUUAUGAUACGAGCAUGUGUGUCACACUGAUGUUACGAAUCGGAUGUCAGAAUGUGUGUAUUUCACGAGCGAGAGGGAGGGUGAGACAUGAAUUCUAACACGAGUUUCGUAAAAUCAAUGUGAGACACAUGCGAGUGUAAAAAUGUCUUUAUUACUCAAUAUUUUCAGCUCUGCUCUGAUCACGACCGUCGUGUUAGUAAAGCAUAUUUGUCGACUGUGUCGACAAUCUUCAGCUAUGACGCCAGUCAGACCUUUCGUCACAAUGACGUCAACAAUGCCGUCCGGAUGACGGAAACAAUACACUGGCUGGAGUGAAGUGAUUUUUUUUAUGAAUUUAAAAAAAAUAUUCUAACACUAUGUGUAAUAAACAAUGUUACGGGACAAACGCGAAUUUGCACAUAAACUCUCAUUAGUUUGUAAUAAUACUUCCGGAGGAAUAUCUUAAUUUUAGUCAGUCUUAAAAUACAUCUACAGUCUAACGGUAUUGUUCUACUUUAAUGCCUGUUCCAGGUAUGCAUGAACAUACAUAUGUUUUAUUGUGUUCCACCAUUCAGUCACAGAAAUCUGGUUCGAACUUGAAAGACAAAAAUUGAAAAUGAUAUCUCUCGUAAGGGUGGAGGGUGUCUCGUUAGCUUAUGAGGAAACUCGGAGACAUUCAGACUACGGUGACCACUCAGUCAACCAGCAGAAACAUUGGCCCAGGAAAUAGGUGGGAAUUCCAACACAAACUAUACUGUUAAAUGUUAAUAUCACAUUCGUGAUUGAUCUUAUUUUCAAUAUUAUUUAUCAUAAUUUAUUAUUAAGAUGAUCUUUGCAUGUUGCACUAAUGCCCAAUAAGCCAUACUUUCGUAAGUAACAAUAAUUCUCAACAAAGCUCUGUGAAACAAGACAUCAAAUAUACAAUCAUUAUUACAUGCCAGGGGAAAGCGUCGGGGGUGGUCGGGUAGCCUAGUGGUUAAAGCGUUCGCUCGUCAAACCGAA